UGGGUAAACGAAAAUACAACCUAGGAAGACAGCUUCAAGUAUUCCCAUUGGAAGACAAAAGUAGGGCUACUAUUUUGCAAUUGUUUAAUGCCUGUUUCCCUAUCCAGUGUACUUAAUUUAUUGGCACCAAAACAAUCAUAGGUUUGUUACUUUCUAUUAUUCCUCGUUCGCAUUCAUCUGUUUAUAUAUAGGGAAACUGUCUGGCGGCUUUGUAUCUUUUACCAAACUCUCUUCUCUCUCACACACACGUACGCACAAUCAACUGCAACACCUUAACAGUGUUAUAUAUAUAGUGUGAGAGAGUUUGUUAGGUUGAGAAAGAUGAGAACCCCUAACUGUGACAAAAGUGGACUGAGAAAAGGAACAUGGACACCAGAAGAAGACAUGAAGUUGAUUGCCUAUGUUAACGAACAUGGCCACGAGAAUUGGCGCCAACUGCCCAAGCUUGCAGGUCUUGCAAGGUGUGGAAAGAGUUGUAGAUUGAGGUGGAUGAAUUAUUUAAGGCCAGGCAUCAAAAGGGGGAACUACACUGAUGAAGAAGAAGAGACGAUUAUCAAACUGCACGCAAGGUUUGGCAAUAGGUGGUCUAUGAUUGCCUCUCACUUACCUGGAAGAUCAGACAACGAGAUAAAAAACCACUGGCACGCUCAUCUUAAGAAGCGCUUUCAACACUAUUCAGCAACAAACGAAAAAGCUGAAUCUUCCCCGUCAAAGCAACAACACUCCCUAGUUGAAUCCAAUAUUCAAGAGAAGGACUCCGUGGAAGUUUCUACAAGCCCUUUCCAAAACAGUUCUCAAGCUACUUCUCCAUCACUGAGCGAUUUUUUCUGCACAAUAACGGAGCCUGCACCGGCCAGUAAUGGGAAUUUGGUUAUUGAUGACUUUGCUGAUUUUGUGAAGAAAAACACAGAUCCUAUUGGUGCAUAUUCCUGGAAAGAACUCUACGAAAUUUCCUACAUCUCAGCCGAAUUUCUCGCGCCUUUUGUGACAUGAACCCGAAAGUUUUUGUCCAGUUUAUGAUGUUUGGGGGCUGUUGGAAUAAUAUUGGCUUGGUUUUUCUUC